GCGAGACCCCAUUUAAAUGAGCGCGUGCUUCCUGCUCGUACACAGAGCUCGCGCGCGCAUCCCCGAUAGAGGUUUUCCAACCUAGCUGCUUGACCGGUUUCCUGACAGCUCACGGCUCACGAUGGAGCAGAACAACAACUUCUCGCCUGAACUUAAAGACUUGGAGACGAAGCUGGGGCGGAAAGUUCCGGACGGUCUCGUUCGGUCUCUCGCGGGAGGAAAACGCAACGACAAGCACGAGAAGUCGUGUCACCUAGCAACCUGUAAAUUUUGUACAAAUUCCUCGGAUUUUAAAAGACUGCAGAGUAAAAUGUUGUUCCUGAGACAAGAAAUGGCCAACCUGCGAGCCAUCGACGUGAAGCUAAUGCAGCAGCUCAUGACAAUCAACGAGGGCAUCGAGUCCAUCCGCUGGAUGAUAGAAGAUAAAGGAGAUGUCGCCAGUCAGGACGGCAGCCUGACGGGAAGCUUGUACAGCCUGUCGGACAGUCAGGACGGCUCCUCGCCACGAGGCAGCUUCAACAGUCUGAAUGAUGGGAACGACGACGGACUGGACGGGCUGUCUGUGGGUAGUUACCUGGACACGCUAGCAGAAGACCUCCCAGAUGACCCCUCGCCCACGGACCUUGACUCUUUUAUGGAUAAAAGUGUGAUAGACGGCGACGCUUUCACAAAAUCGCCUCUGAAACUCGGGGUGGAAUCAGAGGAAUACUACUGUUUUAGAUAACAACCAUAAGCUAAAGACCACUGGGACUAAAUAUCAGAAGCUAUGCCUGGUUAUGUUUUACUCCUGCGUAUAAGUUUAGAAUAUGCAGCUUGCGUCCAAAAUACAAGAUAAAACACCUCAGGAAUGAUUUAUUUAAUGGUUUUCUAUUUGUAGCCUAAAAGUGAAGAAGACACGAAGAACAAUCAUUUACCAUUUCUGGAAAACUUGAGUGCGUUAGGAUUUAGCAGCCAUUUGGACAACUGGAGAUGGACUUGAGUGGCUUCAUGUGAUCAGUUUAAGUGCAAUUAGCAUCCAUGCCAAUCUGUGAGCAGCACCUACUGAAAACAUUAGUCUUAUUUUGUACUGAGUGUCAUUUAAAUCCAUACCAGUAGAGUUUACAGGGUGUAGCUGGCAGAUGCUUGACUGAAAACCAAAUAACUUUGAUUGUCUUAGAGAUCAUUUGUGCCUGAGGCUUAACUGUCUUUAACACCAGAUGGGAGAUUUGUUGAUGGCGGGCAUAUGUGAGACACGUGCCUGCUGUGAGGGCACAUUUUUAAUCUUCUGCUGUCUGAAAAAGAAAAACAAACCAUUACAAUGCUGUAUAGAAAUGUGCUAUAGCUUUCAAUUCUUUCUAAUGAUUUUUUUUAUUUUUUUAUGACGCCUGCUUUUGAAAAAAGCAUUAUUGGUUGCUAUUGACUUUGUUGUGGAAAUAAAGAUAAUAUAUUGCUCACCUGUGCUUUACUAUAUGAUAAAAAUGUCAGAAUUUUGAUGUAUGUGUCAGUGCUUUAAAAUAAAUAUUGCUGUCAAGUGUUAA